AUGCUGCCACACAGCUCGUUAUUGCUUGUCGCCUCGUUGCUGGCGGCGCUGCCAGCCAACGCCGACGGGAUCUACACCAAAAAGUCGCCGGUGCUGCAACUCAAUCAGAAGACCUAUGGGUCGCUCAUUGCAAACUCGAACUAUACUUCGGUAAGCGCGCCUUUUGUCGUAGAUUUGCCCAAUGGGACCGAUCGAGAGCUAACUUCCAUAGAUCGUCGAGUGAGCUCUCCCCGCACCGUCGAACGAUUCCCCCGAGUUUUCACCACGCUGACCUGUGCAUUCGCCAGAUUCUAUGCCCCAUGGUGUGGUCAUUGCCAGAGCCUUAAACCUGCCUACGAGAAAGCCGCUCAAAACCUGAACGGCCUAGCGAAGGUCGCCGCCGUCAACUGCGAUGAAGACGAAAACAAGCCCUUCUGCGGCCAGAUGGGCGUCCAGGGCUUCCCCACUCUCAAGAUCGUGACCCCCUCGAAGAAUGUUGGAAAACCACGCGUGGAGGACUACCAGGGCGCGCGCACCGCCAAGGCCAUCGUCGACGCGGUUGUUGACCGCAUCCCCAACCAUGUGAAGCGCGCAACGGACAAGGACCUGGACAAGUGGCUAGCUCAGAAUGAGGAGCGGCCCAAGGCCAUCUUAUUCACGGAGAAGGGCACAACCAGCCCGAUGAUCCGCGCGCUGGCCAUUGACUUCCUGGGCGCGAUCGACGUCGCCCAGGUGCGCAACAAGGAGUCUGUGUCGGUCAAGAAGUUUGGCGUCUCUGAGUUCCCGACGCUGAUUGUGGUCUCGGGCGAGGACGAGGAGCCCAAGGUAUAUGAGGGCGAGCUUAAAAAGCAGCCCAUCACCGAGUUCCUCAGCAAGUUCGCCUCGCCCAAUCCCGACGCUACCGGGCAGGCUGCGUCCCCUGCAGCUAAGCCCAAGAAGUCCAAGCCUUCCAAGCCUGCACCCAAGCCUCCAGUUGUCCCUGAUGACGAAGAUGCAUCGGCAGACGCGGAGAAAACGCCCGAAGCCAAGCCCGCUCAGGUUCCGAUUGUGCCUCCCAUUCCUACGCUCGCUACCCCCGAAUCUCUCGAAUCCGCCUGUCUAGGCCCGAAGUCAACCACCUGUUUGCUGGCCCUCCUUCCGGCAACAAGUGAGCCGGACGCUGUGCUUCCAUCAUCAGCCACUGCUGCGCUCGCCAGUCUGGCUGAGAUUGCGCACAAGCACGCCCAACGUGGCACGCAUCUCUUCCCGAUGUACGGCGUCCCAGAGAUCAACUCUGCCUCCCAGAUCUUGCGCAAUGCGCUCGGCCUUGGGGGAAGCGAGACUGUAGAGAUUGUGGCCAUCAAUGCCCGCCGCGGAUGGUACCGUCGGUAUGGCAACACAGAGGACUACGGCCUCGCCGCCGUGGAAGGGUGGGUUGAUGCCAUCCGCCUUGGAGAAGGCGCCAAGGAGAAGCUACCCGAGGGCAUUGUCAAUGAGCCCAAGGCUGAGGAGGCCGAGGACCCGGAGCACGAUGAGUUGUAA